UCAUAAUUCUUGGCUACUUUCAAAUAGUUUUCAUUGCAUGCAGAGAGUAAAUUUAAACGAACUGAUACAAAAUCUUUUAGAUACGAAUUGUAGUUUGCGUUUUUGCUACUAGAUGUCCUCAUGUGAAUUGCACCCUCUAUGUUCCCAGAUAACCUAAUAGGGAACGGUUUUUAAAUAGAAUCUGGUUGUUUUAUCUGAUUUGGAAGAUGUAUUUGUAUUUUAGUCAAAAAGAAUGAGCAACUUAAUUCUACAUUUUAGCUCAAUUCGAAUCCAUUUGUCCACUGAACAAAAUACCAAAGAACAAACAAACUAUUAAACGUUAAAUCGCAGUGUUCCGUUUCGAUCGUAUCAAUAAUUCAACGAAAACAGACAGCUGUGCAUGUGGUAUGUACCUAGAAUCGAAAUAGGAAACCAAAAAAGUGCACAGUGCUACUACAAACCGACCGACAAAUCGUUAAUUAAUUUGUGCGGGAUGUUUACCCUCAUCCCACUCAGUGCGCCGGGGACAAAUUAGUGAGUAUUCUGUGUUCGAAAAAAGAAAAAAAAAAGAAUAGAAACGAGAACGGUCGCUGCUACUGCUGUUGUUCAAUUUGGUGUGUGAAAAGACAUACGUAAAUCAAUUGUUUUACCGCUCGAAUCAGGGCCGGUGUGAGAAUAUUUUCGAUGCCAGAAUGAUUUUAGAACGACGGGACUGUAAUUUGUGACAAGAUGCCGUUUUACGGGGGCAGUACCUAUUUGUAUUGUCGCUCGGAGUCCGAAUCUGGACUUGGACAGAGACGGAUCUCUAUAAGGGACAUCGAGCCGACGGACAGUGGCGACUCCACAUUGACAGACAUUGAUGAAAGCGAGUCUGGUUCUGGCUCGGGUCAGACAGAGAUCAACCCCAACAUCCCUUAUCCAGGGAUCGCCCCCAUAGCCCUGGGAUACUUGUCGCAAACAACAAGACCCCGGAGUUGGUGUCUGGCACUCAUCUCUAAUCCAUAUCCUUUUCAUACAACAAUGUUAUUACAUAUUCACUUAUAUGUGUACAAAUGCUACACGUAGUAUACAAUUAUUUUACAAGUACAUACGUACACACACGCACACAGGUAUCUUCUGACAUAUGUACAUAUUAUUUUUUUCGUCUUAAGUAGACCAUUGCACU